AUGGUCGAGAAUGGUAGACGCUACGGUGUUCUGUCUUCAGCAACACGGGCCUAUUUCCUCUUCAUCGAAGGAGAUGGUGAAAAAGCACAAGUCCGUAUCAGUUCCCCGUGGUUCAUUGUUGUGAUCAUCCCACACCUCCAGCAAAGCGUACAGAAGACGUCGGCUAUGAGUCAGUGGGUGGCGAUGUGCGGUCAACAAGCGGGGGGGGGAGACGCACCCGCGGGACAUGCAGCCCAAAUGUCUGCUUUGCCGAAGAUACCGAUCGAAAAUGUUGAGAUUGUUGGAACACUUGGAUAUGGACGCAAUGGAGUUGUGUUUCUGGCCAAUUGGCGUGGACAGAAGGUUGCCCUUAAGCAAUUUGAUGUCGGAAAGGAUGGGUGUGAAUACUUUGACAGUGAGGUUGCGGCGUACCUAGCAUUGGAUUCUGUUUGGGGCUCGUUGGUGGUCACGCCCCUGUUUGUGUCCGAGUCGUGGUCUGGCUGGAUGAAGUUUAUUGGCUUACAGCUGGGAAGAGAUCCGCUGCCAGGGGACAAUGUUUCGGAACGGAUCAAUGUGUUUUUCCCACUUUGGAGAACAAAUAUGGAUUUCGUCAUGAUGAUAAUGAAGAUGGCAACAUGA